AUGCUGCACCGCCCGCUCAUAUGCUGCACCGCCCGCCCAUACGCUGCACCGCCCGCUCAUAAGCUGCACCGCCCGCUCAUACGCUGCACCGCCCGCUCAUACGCUGCACCGCACGCUCGUAAGCUUGCCCCGCACCUGGCGUGUGAGCAGCGUCACUGCGUGCCACUGCUGCCGUCAUCGCUGCUGCACGCAGUGCUGGCCACCCAACGUGCACUGCUCAACGUGCCUAGGCAGGCUGCUGUUUCCCCUUCGCCCACACUGCUUCCAGCACCCUUUGCCCUCCCGUUUCUGAUCACGCCUUGUUCCUGCUCGCCCACCCAUCUGGCCAUUCCCUCAUCUACUUCCUCCCAUCCUGAGCAGUGGCUGUGCGAAGUGCUGCUGUGGUGGGCGCUGGGGCAGGCAGGGGAGGCGGGUGAGGUUAGCAGUGGUGAAGGCGCAGCACAGGCGGGAUGGCUGCACCGAGAAUUAGUGGAGGGGGAAGGGCAAGACGCGGAGGGGGGGGAGGAGGAGGAGUAUGGCAGUGGAUUGAGUGGCGAUGGUUAUGUGUACAUGCAAGGCGUGCAGAGGGAGGGCAGUGUGCAGAAUGCGCGGCCAUGGCCCCCGUUGCUGUUAACCAGUCCCUGCUUCCUCCCGCCUUCCUCCAAUGUAAGCCGUCUGCUUCCUCCUGCCUUCCUCCAAUGUAAGCCGUCUGCUUCCUCCCGCCUUCCUCCAAUUUCCAACCAACCCCCCACUUGCACGUUCACCUUCCCCUCGUCCACACCAUGCGCGUCGGUGGCACGUGCAGCACGCUCACAGCACUUCGUGACGCGCACGCCACCACCUGCCAUGUGCCACACCAUAUUUCCUUCCGUCCCUCCCUUUUUGCCCCGUGCGUCCUCCCCCCCCGCUUCCUCCUGCGUGCCCCAUAGCCCCCUUGGGCCAGCUCUUCCAGUCUAUUCCUUCUCCGGCUGCUGCUCCCUCGCCCCGGACGCCUUCCUCGCAUCGUCCCUCCCACUCACCCACCACGCAAGGUCGACCCCCAUCGCACCAUGCAUACCCGCCUCCCCUCCUCCAUCCCCCACAGCCUCCUCCACUCCAUCCACUCGACACCUCGACCCGUACCUCGCCCCUCACACCCCACCCACAGCUGCCUUUCAGCAUCUCCUGCCCCUCCCGCCGGCCCCUAUGCGCGCCCACCUGGACAUCUCACACUGCUCGCUGCUGCAGCCAUCGCAUCUCCGCACGUGGGCAGCAGCGGUGCCUCCACCGCUGUCACUGCGCCGUCUCACCGCCCGCUCCUGCCCCGCCCUGCUCCCUGUCCCCACCCUCCACGACCUUUCCUCCUUCUGCCCGAAGCUUCAGUCGGCAGAUUUCUCCCUGCCCGAGCCUCCGGUGUUUUGCAGGGGUGUUGUGGGGUCAGGGGGGGGUGCGGCUGCUCUGCCUGGUGCUGGUGCUAGCACUGGUGCUAGUGUUGCGGAUGGGGAUGGGGAGGGAAAGAGCAAGGGUGGCAGCAAGAAGACACACAAGGGUGCUAGCACGGCCAGCAUCACAGGCGCGAGUGGUAAGAAGAAGCAGGCGAGUCCGUGUACCCCAAGUGCAGGGGCUCCCAGUGGACUCAAGGGACGGCAUGGCAGGAGUGCAGGGCAGGGGAGGCGUGCAGCACACCAGGCAGCGGACAGGCGGGUGGAUGGAGGUGGAGAGGAAGAGCAAGAGGAGGACGAAAAAGAGCAGGAAGGGGAAGGGGAUGCGGAGGAGGGCAGGGGCGAGGAAGGGGUGGGGGAGACAGCGAGCAUGCUGGUGCCGUUGCACCGCCUGUACAACCCGUGGAGGCUCGCCCAUGUGACCUCGCUCUCGCUGCGCUGGCAGCAGCACCUCUCAGACGGGCAGCUGAUGGACCUUGUGCUCGCCUGCCCCGCCCUCACUCGCAUGGACAUGACGGGGUGCACCUCGCUCUCCGACCGUGCCCUCGCCGCCCUCAUCUCCUCCUACACGCGACCCGCUCCCUCCCCCGCCUCGCGCACCGCUCCCACUGUGACAUCCGCACGGCAACAAAAGGGUGGCCAUUCGAGCGCCUGGUCUCAUUGCUCCAAGCGCCCGUCCCCCAGGCACUCAGGUCGUUGCAUUGGUGAACUCCCCCGGUGCCGCCUGCAGCUGUCCCACCUGUGCGCGUCCCACACUCGCCUUGGCGUGCGCUCUCUGCUUGCGCUCUCCCGUGCUCUCACGGCCGCUGCAGGGGCAAGAGAGGGUGUGGAUGAGGGUGAUGGUGGUGAGGAAGAAGAGGAGGAAGGAGAAGAAGAGAAGGACGAAGUGAAGGAGGUGGACGAGGAUGAGAGUGAGGAUGACGAGGAGGAGGAGGAGGAGGAGGAGGAGGAAGAAGAAGAAGAUGAUGGAGUGAGUGAGGGACAUGAGGAGGGAGAUGAGGAGGGCGUGGAGGAAGGGAGAAGGGAGGACUGUGGGGUGAGCGGCACCUACGGUGGGCUCAGGAAGCUUGAGCUGGAUGGAUGCCCUGCCUUGCACCACGCCCUCCCUCUCCUACACCUGCUCACAGCGGCCAGCCCCUCCCUCACGCACCUCUCCCUCGCUCACACCCUUACUCCCGGCCGCAUGGGGGAACCAGCAGCACCUAAGGGCAAGGGGAGGGGCAGGGAGGCACAGGGAGGGGCGGGCAGGGGCGAGGAACGCCCCGGUGCCGUGGAUGAUGCGCUCGUGGCGUCGUGGCUACAGGGCGCUCGCACCCUCGCUGCACAGGCCGUGUUCUGCACCACUGCAGGCUGGAGCAGCAGUGAUGGCACUGCGGCGCUGCCCCACUUGACUCAUCUGAAUGUCUCCGAUGCCCCUCUGUCACCGGGUGCCCUUAGCGCCCUGUGUGCAUCAGCCCCAUGCCUGCGUCACCUCCUCAUAUCCGGAUGUGGCAAGCCCGCCCCUCCACGCCCCCCUUCCUCCUCCGCCCUUUCCGCUCCGCCCAUCACCAUCAUCACCAUCCCCCCGCACCUCACCACUCUCCAUGCCUCCUGGGCGCUUCCCCUCUCCCUCUCCAUCCCCCCCUGCACCCUCAACCCGCCCACAAGUCCCGCCCCUGUGCGCUCGUCUCCACCACCACCACCACCACCACCGCUACAUGCCUUCCCCCUAUCGCACAGCCUGCGCGCCCUCGCCCUGGGGUUGGGCGCCACAAUCUCCGAUGCCUCGCUGCGCGCCAUUGCCGCGUGCUGCCCUCGCCUCACAGCACUCUCACUCACCUUCCAGCCGGUGUCAGAUGACGGUGUUCUGCCUCUCCUCGCCGCCUGUCCGCUCCGCCACCUCUCCCUGCUGCACUGCUGGGGCCCCUUCUCCCCCGCGCUCUUCUCUUUACCGCUCCCCACAGCACAAGCAUCAGUAGCUGCAUGCACGCACCAUGGCCACGCUCAUCCCCAUGCCCACAGCCAUGGCCCCUCAGUGCUUGCCCAUUCCGCCACCUUGCCACGCCUCACAUCUCUCUCCCUGGGGGGCGGCUUUGCCUGGCUCUCCACUCUUCACCUCGCUGCCCUUGCCUCCGCUGCUCCGCUUCUGCGCUCCCUCUCUCUCUCCUCCUGCCCCUCCCUCUCCCAAGAUGCGCCUCUCAUACUCGCCAACUCCUUUCCAGCACUCACCUCACUCACGCUCACUGAGUGCCCUAACCUCUUCAGCGUCCAUGCGCCAGCAUCCCUCUUCGCCCUCAGCGCCCUCUCCUCGCUGCACCUGCGCCACACUGGCAAGCAAGCGACCCCAGACUUCAUUCAGCAGGCGUGUAGCAGGCUGCCAGCGCUGCAGCAUCUCACUCUGGACCUGUGUGACGCGCUCUCCUCCUUCCACGUGCCACAAGAGGGUAGGGCGGAGAUGCAUGUCAUGGGAGACAGCCUGCUGGCUGUGCGGCUGUUCAAGUGCCAUGUGCUGCACUCCUCCCUUGCUCACUCGUUGACUGCCCUCACUCCUGACAGCACGUCCAGGAAACGAACCCUGGGCACCAAGGAUGUCCUCGUUAUAGCCAGAACCACCAAUGGCAUUGCCACAUAUGUCGAAAACGUCUCUUAG